CCAGUUCUAACUGCUAGCAAGUGAUUUACAUUCAUCUCAAGCCAUUUGUCUCUCACAUCAAUUCAUGCUUCUCCUCUCUUUUGAACACACAACAAAACCAGAGUUACCAACAGAUCCAAUUCUAAUCCUUUGAAAUUCACUAACCCCCUAUUUCUAUUCUCUCUUAGUUCCAGUUUUUCACUUUGCUAGUGUCUUCUGCAUUUGCUUCCACAGUUGCUUCGCCAGGAAGAAAUAACAAAAGGAAACACCUUCUUGCUUUUCCUACCUGAUUGUAAAGAAUCUCUCUUUUCUCAUUUGGGACAUCACUGUUCACUUUCUGCAUCAACUCGCUGUUGGAUUUUAAUAUUUAUCUCUGCUAUCAAUAUUAUUAAGGUCUCACUUCUGGGAUUCUGAAUUCUAUGCCCCUUGGACCAAAGUUUCUGUAAGGGGAUUUUUUGUUGUAAAGUAUGGAAUUCGAGACUUCAUAUCCAACUUGUUUUAUGUCAAAUUCAAGUUGGUUUUCUCAAGAAGGCCAAUUCACAGAAUGGACAAGAGAAGAGAAUAAGAAAUUUGAAAGUGCCCUUGCCAUAUAUGAUAAGGAUACCCCAGACAGAUGGCUGAGGGUUGCAGCCAUGCUCCCUGGAAAAACUGUCUAUGAUGUGAUCAAACAAUACAGAGAAUUGGAAGAAGAUGUUUGUGAAAUAGAAGCAGGGAGGAUUCCAGUUCCUGGAUAUCCUACCUCUUCUUUCACAUUGGAGAUGGUUGACAACCAAUGUUAUGAUGCAUGCAGAAAGAAGCCUGCAACUCUCAGGAGUUCUGAUCAGGAGAGGAAGAAAGGGGUUCCUUGGACAGAAGAGGAACAUAGACGUUUUCUGAUGGGACUUUUAAAGUAUGGUAAGGGGGAUUGGAGAAAUAUCUCUCGCAAUUUUGUUGUGACAAAAACUCCCACCCAAGUGGCAAGUCAUGCUCAAAAGUAUUAUAUAAGGCAAAAGCUUUCUGGAGGGAAAGACAAUAAAAGGAGGCCUAGUAUCCAUGAUAUCACCAUUGUUAAUCUUACAUCAGAUCAAGAGAAGCCUCUUUUAUUCAAUGAUGAGUCUCACAUGACUUCUGAGCAACAGAAGCUAACUAGCAUGCCAAAAGUACAACUUGAAUGGCGGAUUAAUCACCACAACAAUGGCGGGUCAAAUUAUGAUAUGUUCGUGUCACCUAAUUCAUCUGGCUUCUCUUCCAAGACCCUCAAGUUGCAAGGGCAGGAUUUCUAUGAAUGUGCUUUUCAUGAGACUUAUGCCAAGCUUAAAAAUACGGGUUUCAGGACAGCUUCUAGAGACUUCAACAAGGAAGCUAUUUUUGGUAUUCAUGCACUGUAAUGCCCACUUUGAUCAUGUUAUGAAAAACAUACACCAAGGGUACUUGUUUUAUGUUACGAACAUAAAUAAUGUUUCAUUCCUUCAACUGUUUUGGAAUGAACCCUUUUCCAAGUUUUCCUGUGUUUUAUCUCCUAAUCAGACAGUUACUUAACAUGUCUAUUUCUUUGUAUAGACUCAAUCUGCAUCAUCACAGGAUGCACCAUUCAGGUAUAAUAAGUCUCGGGCAACGAGACGAUGUUCAGUAAUCAUUGAACUCCAUUAGAUCACACGUGUGAUAUAAUAAUUUACUUUCAAUUG